UCCAGUUCCGUAUUUACCAAAUUACACACGGCCCUCUUCUUCUUCAACCCUUAAUAGACCCAACUCCACCACCCUUACACCACCAAGCCGCCAGCAACUCCGUCCUCACCCCCCAUCGCCGAAAACACACACACAGAGAUAGAGGAUGAUACAGUGAGAAACGAACAGAGAGGACAGCCGAAAAACCACCCCUGGUUCUCCAAAAACCAUCCGCCUCUCCCUCCGAUGUCUACCACCAGAACCGCCGGAAAAUCUGCUCCAAUUGUCCCCUCUUUCAUCUCUAGUGAAACGGGAAACUGAGGUUCGAGAAAAACCAGCCAAUACCUCCAUUAACACCGCACACAAACACCAUGAACACCACAUAAAAUCGAUUUUCUGCCGUCAAAUCCCUCUUCGUCGAUGAACUCAGUUUUCCCGGCGAAAAUUCCGGUGGCAUCAGUCAUCUAUUUCAGUCAUCGUUGAAGAUUCGAGGUUGAUUGAUUGGGGUGCUGUUCGAAGUUGUUUUGUUCGAGUUCCGUCUGUCUCCAAUUUCGGCUUUAGUAGUUGGCUUACGUUGCUUGUGUAAUUGCUGAAAAUUUCAGUUAAUUGAAGCUUUAAUUUCAGGGCUAUAGCAUCUCCAACUGGUCUUUGAAGUAAGGGUUGCCAUUCUGCAUUUGCUCGAGGUACAUGGCUGACAGACAUCAUGUUGAUCAACAGCACAAUACUGAACCACAGAUAAAUUCUCAUACGCCAAAGGACGACAUGAUCGCCUGUGUGAUAGCAUUAGAAGCUGCAUUACUACCGUGUUUGCCUGCACGAGAACUCCAGGCAAUAGACCGUUCAGCCCAUCCAUAUCAUCAGAUCGAUGUAGAGAGACAUGCCAGAGAUUUCAUGGAGGCUGCCAAGAAACUUCAACUUCAUUUGAUCGGGUUGCAACGCGAAGAUCUGCCUACAAGGCCAGAGAUGCUUAGGAAGGAGAUUGAAAAGAUGGAAGAAGAGUUGAAAACGAAGACUGAACUCAUAGCUAAGCAGGAGAGACUGAUCCAAGGCUGGAGGGAAGAGUUGAAGGACCAACUGGAUAAACACAUCAUGGAGUUAGAAAGGGUGUAGCAGUACAGUGAUGGAAACCAACACAUAACUUUUGUUUUAUUUGUGAUUCAAUUUGGAUACUGAGUUGGAAUGGCAAGUCAUUGUUUAAUGUCUACUUUAGUUAUUAUUUUUCUUAAUUUUGGUGGUGUCCGGACUAGUUUGUAUGCACGUUGACUAUUCUAUGUACCUCCUAUAUGUCAUCAUGUAUCGACUAACUCAGCAUCUUCUGUGAUUGAUGCAGUAAGUUUAGCUGCUUGCGAAUUUAAAUGAUUUUUUGUAACAAAAAAAUAGUUUAUUGA